AUGUCUACUUUCGCAGCGCUGAACAUAGAGGCCGACGACACCCCGGAGGAGGAGGUUGAUGAUACGCGCGAGAUUCAGAUAGAAGAGGCCCUCAAGUUAUACCAGACUGCCCUCAAACUCCACUCACUGGGACCCAAGCACUACAAAGAAGCCGCAGAGGCAUAUGACGCGCUCUUCAAGUCAGAGAUAUUCAAGUUACCGCAAUACACAGAUCUCGGAGCAGAUGUAUCAGAGGAUGAAUUCAUAGAAGAAGUUGAUGAGCCAUCGGCUGUAUCGGUUGCUGCCGUGGAAGAGACAGAGACUGCGGCCAGCGCCUUGCCACAAACGCUCUACCUGUCAUACAAGAAUUACGGCCAGUUCUUGCUUGACACGGUUCGGUAUGCCUGGGAGCAAGGAGGAGACUUGGCUGACACGGCUUCUUCCACCGAAUCCGCUAUAAGACACUUUGCGGAUGCACUGGAGCGGGAUGACUCUGACCUUGAGCUGUGGAGGAAGUGUGGCAGGGUCGGAGACGCCCUGAGGAGUCACCGGAUCUCAAGAUUCUGCUUGGAGAGCGUUUUUGAAGGAAACGGAGACGGCAUCGACGAUGGAUUUGAACAGCUUGGCAUUGAACAAGCCGGCACAGUUGGCGAUCUACGGAAAUUCUUCACUGCUCUGCACGACCCUCUAUCACUCGCACAGCUUCCGCAGAAACAGCCAAGGAAGGCUCUACUUAACUUUUUGCAGCGACAGAUAGAUCCGUUUCCCUAUCUCCCUUCCGCCUUGAAGCAGCUGAAUGGGAAUUCUAUUUCCUGCGGACUUGCUCUUCCUGCGAUUAAACGCCAUACCAUCACUCCAGCCACCAACUCAUGGGCUGCUCUGGGGGAAAAGAUUCUUGAGUUACUAAACAAAGAAGAUGGUUCUGAUAAGGGCACUGCAGAAGUACUGGGAAGCCUGCAGAUUUGUCUACCAGAUUCAGAUAUCACGAUGGCAUCUCCUGCAGCAACUCUCCCAAUUAUUCAGGGUCGAAGGCCGUCCAAGCACAAAAGCUCUGCAUCAAUAGAUAUGGGCGAAACAGAGUCAAAAUCCAUGCCAAACGUGGAGGGAUCUACUGCUAAAGAUAGUGAAAUGAAAGACACUGCCCAAGAAGGUGAAGACACGGAGCCCAAAACUGAGGAGAAAGUUGAUGAAAAUGCUGCUGAAGAUGCUCAGGAUGACACCAGCAAAGAAAAGGAAGAUGAAAAUACUGUCGACAAAGACCAAGAGGAGGCUGAAAAGUCAAACGAGCUAGCGGAUGAGGAGGAAACGCGGCCUGGUCCUCAGACACGGAAACGCUCUUCGGCCUCAAUAGUCAAUGAAGAACAAACAGACGGGGUAAGGACAAAGAGCAAACGUAUCCGGGCACGAGAGUCGAUUGCCGAUACACAGGCACAACCAGAGGAGGUUAUUUUUGACCAGACAAGAUAUUUUGAAGACAGGCUCGAGGUCUACACCCACGCAGAUGAGUGGAUGUUUAGCACCGCCAGCGGCCUGCUGUCAAAGUUUGGUGUCGAAGAGCUUGGUAGUAUCGACCAAAUAAAGCAGAUUAUUGCUAUCGCUGAGCCUGAACACGAUGCCACGGAAACCACUUCUGAAUCCUUGGCUAUACGCGAUUUGAGGUAUAUUGUUGAAAACUGGAAUGAUGCCUUUGGAAAGAUAGCGCUGCAUAGUGAUAUAUUUGCAGAUACCCAGGAUGGUCUAAAGGGAGCGAAGAAAUCUGGCUUUAGUGUCUUCCUUGAGCACUCGAAACAAGUUGGAGCAAAGGCAGAACAGGAGUCGGAUUUCAUCGAUAACGAAGGCUUGGAGCAGUUUGCAGAUAGCAUCAAUGCUAGCAAUCUAAUCAUGCAAGAGGUUGCCUUCAAGUGGUUAGAGAAGUAUCUUAAACCCGACCUGCAUUCUCUCGGGCAUGACUUAUCCGCUGUAACGGACUCCAACUAUGCAACGCAACGAAUGCCGCAAAGCGUGAGGGACACCCUUACCCAGAUACUGCUUCAGUUUGAUGGAUUUGUCUACGCUAGACUGAGGGAAUUCGCUUUGAACCUAGAAAGAAGGAUUCUCUCGCAUGCGCACGAAAGGCCAUAUUCCUUCACACCAGAUGAUCUUACCGCUGUGGAAAUGUCCCAAAGCAUUUAUGAGCUGCAUCUGGACAUAUAUGACUCAAUUAUCUGUCAAAAAGAGAAAGAUCGGGAAGCUAUCGUUUUACAGCAAGAUAGGCUCAACAGAUGGAGGGCACUUACGCGCGGUUACAUUUGCUAUUACCUUGACCUAUGUGCCGUGGACAAUCGACAGACUGCGAUUGUUCUAAGGCAUUUAUGGGCCACCACUUUCCAUGAAAAUAUGCUAGACGAUCAGGAUGGAGAAUAUGUCCUUACAUGCCUAAGUGAUAUUCGACGUGCUCUAAUAUCGCUAGGAGACCCGGUUAUAACCCUGGCAAAUAAUAACACAAUGCCAGAGAUAUCUACAUCUGCAAUUGACCAAGAGGUAUCCCGCCUUAAAGCCAUGGGCUUCUUCACCGACAUAUUUGGCUCCGGAAAAGAUGACGCCGUACAUCUGAUUGAAACCAUUGAGCCUGUGGUAGACCCGUCCGCUGUGCGGUAUAUGGACGAAAAUGGUGACGUAUCUGAAAAUGUUGAGCCAUCCACAACAGUCCAGAACUUGAUAGCAUUCCUUGAUCAGGGUGAUGCGACUCUCAAAUUGUUCCUUUGGCGCCGCCUUCGUGAGGCCUAUGAUUCCAUCGACUAUCCGACAAAGGUUGUCUCUUGUCAUUUCCGAGCACUGGAAACCGUCAUUCAGGAGCUGAAUCGCCCAGCCAGGAUGGAUCUUCCUGCGAAUGAGCGGCGAUCUAGCCUGCUGAAAUGGCUAAAACUAGCUGAUGACAUACUUACCAGUGUGAUGAGGAGGGUAGUUAAUCACUCGGAGGUUUCUUUCGAAUGUUUCGACUGGGCCCAUCUCCAAAUGUCUAUGUCCUCACUUGCCCGCCUAUCUAGACUUCUACAGUCUUUCGCUUUUUAUGAAGACGGGGUUCGUGUUGGCCAAAUAACACCGGUUGAUGUUCGGCCUGCGUCCACCGCAAAGACCUUGGAACAGUUCAAAGAGAAGCUUCGCAGUUUAUUUGUAAAGAUAUGGAUGGUGCAAUAUACACUUUUAAGAGAAGGUAUUGGCCAGAACAAAGAAUUAUUCGAUACCCCCUUGGACGACCGCAUACACUUCUUACGAUCUGUUCACAACGCACUUGGACUUCGCUCAUAUUGCAAAUACCCAAAGAAUCUAUUCGUUAAACUCAUGAGGGAUGAACUCUUGAUUUUAGAAACCGAUGACGUUUAUGAAGACGACCUUGCUCAAGUGCUGUACGACCUAUACAAGUUCAAAUUCUCACCUCACCUGGAUGUUUCAUUUGACCACGGCUGUCAAUACGAGCCUCUCGAUCAGGAAAUAGCUCUGAAGUUGGUUGACUUUACUAUUUCUCAGACGAAGCGAAUGGACAUCAAAGAUUAUUUGAAAUCGGAUCUAAAAACGACUGUUGAUGCGCUUCAAAGGCAAAUAGGAUUGAUGGGCAAGUCGGAGGUUUCCACCCCUCUCAACAAGAGAAUCUUAUCUAGAUUCUUGAAAACUCCAAUAAACCCGCUAGAUCUUUUCCGCUGUGUACAGGGUGUCACUGGACUAUCAAUGAUUCCUGUUUAUUCCAAGAGCGCUGACCUUGCCGAUAAAGGCUGGUUUACCUUCCUGGGCUCCGCAGCGCUCGCCAAAUUCCGAUCUCUAAAGAAAGUAGGACCCACACCGACAGACGACCUAGAUCUCGCCGCUACCCUUUUCCGCCAUGACUUGGAACAUGGCAAGGAUCGGUGGGAAACGUGGUAUCAGCUUGCUCAGGUGUAUGACCUACGACUUGAAGAGGAAAUUGCCUGGUCUGCAGAAAAACUUAACAAUGACCGAGAAGAUCUUGCAACUGUGGAACGAAGAGCUAUACACGCGUAUUCUAUGGCUGUUGCAACUGCUGUUCAAACGGGUGAUUUGAAGCCUGACGAAAAGAAGCAGGUGUCUGAAUUAUAUACGGAAUUCGGACUUCGUGUCUAUGCAUCAACGAGGGAGCCUUUAUCGAUGGGUGCAUUUGAUGUAUCUCCAUUCAUGAGGCACUACAGCAGUGGUGCAGAUCAAAGGAUGUACGAGGGAAAGCCAUUUAGUUCCAUGAAACCGUUUUCUGCCUGGUACUUUGCUAGCUACCUCUUCCGUAAGGCAACGAAGGAAUGCCCGAUGAACUGGAAGAACCACUUCAUGUUCAGCAAGUGUCUGUGGAAAAUGUACUGCAGUAAUGAUCCUCUCAAGAAACGAUACAAAACCAUCGAACCUUUGGAUAUCCUAGACUCCUUGACGGAUGCUAUUGAUGCCCUCCCAAAGAAGAAAGAUGGUCGGGCGUCAGAACCGAUCCUGGAACCUCAUUUUAAACUCGUCUCAAUUACCCAUAAACUUGUGCGGCGCGGUGACCUCGAACCGAAGGAUGCCAGCGAGAAGUUACUUACAACCACAUGGGCUAAAGGGUUAUCACCGGCUACGGACUUGGAGUCUUGGAAACCGUUCAUUCUGGGAGUCCUAAAGCAGCUUCAAAAUGCAGAUAAGUCCAAUUGGCACCAUCGUAUCGUUGCAAGGGCUGCUCAUAUAAUUUACGAUGACUCCAAAGACAAGGAGGCUGCGAUAGCAGCGAAAAAUGAUCUUACCCAGCACAUCUUCACGAAGACUAUGACUGUACAGGUCUGGCGUCCGGAAAACGAAAGAGCUGGAAGACAUUUCGUCUAUACUACACGAUACGUCUACUUUUUUGUACAGCUUUUGGACCAACUUGAUGAUCGUGCAAACCUGGACAUGUUAGUCCGUCGUGUGAGGCGAAAAGUCAACGAUUAUCUGAAUUUUCCUAAGCUCUGGGAAGAUACGUGUAUAACAUACAUUAAGUUGCUUCGACGUGCAGGUAAUAUAUCGGAGGGAAAAGAAGAUGCUGUCUUCAAAGGAGUUAGCCUUGAUGAGUUUACUCUCUACUCUGGCCGUUUGGAUACCUGGUGUCAAAAUCCGGCUAAGGAAGACAUUCCAACAAUCGAGUUGUUACGCGAUGCCGUUGAACUGAAAAAGCUGAAUGGAACAGUUAUCAAGUCAGGCAUGUUUGAUGAUCUAGUUGCCGAUAUAUAUGCCCAGCUAUAUGAGAAGACGCUACCACAGUUCGUUGAGCAGGUUGCUGGAGAGGAAAACCGGGAGCGAAUGAAGGUAGACCACUUGCUUAUGACGGGUGAAUCUGCCGAUGGCGCAGAAACGCCCCCAACCACUACUUCAGCGCAACCGGCAACCAGGCCUCGAGCAAAAGGGGUGACAAGGAAAGAAGUGCAGAAAAAGGCUGAUGCCAUUGCCGCUAAAGCCCCACGGCCUGCGCCUAAACCUGCAAAGGCCGCUGAGGAUGAAGCCAAGCAAGCUCAGGCAGAGCGCCAGGCUGCCGAAGAAAACACCGGUGACGGUACUACUACUGAAGAUGCUCAGGGCGAUAGCAAGGGAGAGAAAGAAGGUGACAGCAUAGAAGACAAGGACGGGAAAGAUGAAGACGAAAAAGAGGAAGAAAAUAAUGAGGAGGAAGAGAAGGAAGGAGAAGAUAAUGAAGAGGACGAAAAGGAUGGGGAGGAUAAUGAGGAAGAGGAGGGAAAAGAAGGUGAAGAUAUCGAAGAGGAGAGAGAGGAGAACCCCGAAGAAGAGGGCAAAGAGGGAGAUAAUGUUGAUGAUAAGGAAGCCUCUGUUCCUGAUCACAGUGUCCACGAUACCACAGAGGAAGAGAGUGGUCUCAGUGAGCUUGAGACCGAAACAGCCUCAGGGGACGCUAUGAAGCCUUCCAGCUCUAUAUUCCAGCAUCUCCUGAGAGCCCGCAUGCCAUCCCCAAAACCAGGGUCGGAACUAUCAACUGUUACCAGCGGGGACGGCGGAGACAAUGAUUCGAUUCCUGCCCCAUCAUCCGUACCAGAUACCAAAAUGGAAAUAGACGAAGAGGUGGAGGUUGGAGAUGAUGGAUCCGACACAGAGGAGCUGCCAGAAGAUUGA